UUUAAAUGUAUAAUUUGUAUUUUUAAUAUUAUUUAUGUGUAUUUCAAUGGUUUGAUGGAUUUGUGCCAUAUUAUUGAGUUUGAUAAAAAUGACGAAUCUUCGUCAUUUGGUAUUUCUUGAAAAGAAACUAGUAUCUGUGGAAAAUAAAGAUGGAGCUAAUUUGAGCAUUGGUAGCAUCGUUGAUGUUGCUGGAGAUGACCACUUUAUGUUCCUGUUGGAAUCCUCCGGGAUAGUCUGGAUGUGUUAUAGGCCCUGGGUUAAGUUCGAUGAAACAACUCACCUAAGGUUCGUCAGCUUUAAAACCUUCGAAUUCGAAGCAACAAAUGUGUUCUAUUGCCCACUAAAAAAAGUAUUGGUAGUAAUAGGGCGUGAGCAAGAAUGUGACUCUAUCCUAAAAUUCAACAGUUAUGACUUGUCCCCGUUUAAUGAUGGUUAUGACCAUACCCCUCAAUUCAUCCAGUCAACUCCUUUGUUCCCUAAUUUGAAUGAGUUCCGCCCUGAUAACGUAGUUAAAGUGGCAAUCUCAGAUGACUGCUCAACCAUCGGAGUCUCAACAGAGUUCAACGGGAUAUAUAUGUACAGAAAUUAUAUCACUCCUUCAGAUGAUCAGAAACUCUGGGUAAUACCGCCCAACAAAGUGUUUAAAAUGUGCGCCAAGAAUGUCGAUAUCCUAGAUUUAGAGGGUUCGCAGUACCUUUUUAUUACCACAGACUUUGAAGUUGUGUCAUACAACCUUAGUGAUAACAAAAUCGUAUACAUGGAAUCCUCUGAUCUUAAGUGUGAGGCUUCAUGUAAGCUAAAACAGAAUUUAGUGGGAGUGUAUGUACCAGGAACGAUAAUGAUAUACCAUAUACUAGAUGGGAUGGUUAACCAUAUAGAUACGAACGCCAACGAUUUAGACAGUAGUAACAGUGGGAUUGAUAAUAUAAAACUUUAUUGUUAUAAUGAGUAUGUGGUGAAUUGCAAUGUGGAUAACAUAUUCGAUAACAACAACAUCAUACUCAUAAAUCUAUAUUCGUACCUCCUAGAUAUCUCCUUUAUCGCAUACAGUUACUACAUCCCAAGACUAAUACACAUUGUACAGUUUAUGAAUAAUCUUUAUUUGUUUACAACAAACAGUAACCUAAACAAUCCAAACGGGCUGUUCUCCAGUGUUCUGAUAUUUGAAUUGAAGAAUAAGAAGCUGUACAAUAGAGUUGAUAUCCUGAUAAAGAAGAGGUUAUUCAACUGGGCAGUUAAACUUCUAAAGUUUGAAAACAGGUCAACUAAUGAAAUAGAGCAGAUAUACAAAAUAUACGCAGACUGGCUGUACAUGAAAAAUAAAUACAACGAGUCGAUUUAUUACUACUCUAAGUGCAACAACAUAAUUGAACCCUGUUAUGUGAUACAACGUUUUCUCAAGUUGAACACAAAGACUUACCUUUACACCUACUUGUACAAUUACCUGUACCACAUGAAGGUUAAUAAAAAAGCCUCCAUUGAUAAUAACUAUUACAUAUUAACUAUACUCUUGCUGCAGUCACUGAAUAACAAUAAUAUGCAAAGACUUGAAGACGAAACAAAGUCACAAGAUAAUGAAGGCCAGGAAUUAGCAGUGGAAAAUGAACUACAUAGAUUUUUAUCGAAGUUUAGUAACAUAUACAAAAAGAGUAUCAAAGAGUCUAUUAUACAAUGCAGAUAUAUAAAUAAGUAUGAAUUCGCAUGUGAAAUCGCUAAGUAUCAAGGUGACGAAGAGGAGUAUCUAAACAUACUGAUUGAAGACCUUAGCCACUUUGACAAAGCCUACGAGCUUUUACAAUCUGCAUCCAACAGCGUCAAGUAUAACAUAAUUAUUAAGCACUCUAAACUACUCCUUAAGUAUGACUCAUCUAAACUAUUACAACUGAUCGACACCAUUGUUAACGAUAAUCAAAAGGAACUUAAUUACUUACACGAAAAUUCCACACAAAUUAAUGGGUCUUCAAAAUGUCAAUCAAAUAAUGCUAUAUUGAAUAUAAACAAUGUGUUGAAUACAUUUAUAUUAGAAAAUGACUUUUUAACUAAAUUAAUUGGUUUGUUAAACGAUAACAGUUCCCUACUCUUGUAUACUAUUAAACUGAAUAUUUUACUCCAACAGUAUAAUAAAUAUAAACAAGUUUAUAAUACUCAAGACAAGGAUCUUUCUAAUUCUAAUGAUAGCUCGCAUAAUAAUGUAGAUAAAAGUGUUCAGGUGGAAGAUAGCAUACUUAAGCUCCUUAAUAGCACCAGUAAUUACUCAACUGAGCUCAUUGGGCUGGUGCUAUGUCUACUCUAUAAGUACAAAAGAGGCUCAAUAAUAAUAAGCAUAAAAAUGAGAUAUUAUAACCUCCCUCUAAUUCUUUUGGAUAACGAGGAUGAUAUAAUCAGCUUGCUGGAUUACGUUUACAACUACGGUUAUAAUGAACCAAUACUCUACAUAAACAUAUUGAAGCUGCUGCUCAAGCAUAACAACUACAUCGUAAUCAAGAAGCUGCUGUACAAUGUUCAAAAAUUACUAAAAUUUCAAAAUAUCAUAAAGAUUUUCAACAAUUACCAGAGUAUUCAAUUCCAAUACCUCAACGACUACAUAAGGAGUGAAUUUAAGAAGAUAAGUGACACGAUAAAUGAGUACAACAAUGACAUAAUGCAGGACAAGGUCGAAUAUAUGAACAUGAAGAAGAAUCUAGUGGACCUGAAUACGAAUUACAUCAUUAUCAAUAACACAAACUGCUCUUCCUGCGGGUUACACCUGGAGUAUCCAUCGAUACACUUCUAUUGUAAACACUCAUAUCAUAUAUACUGCGUAACUCAGGAUAAUACAUGUCCAAAAUGUACUUAUAAUAUACCGGACGCUAGCGAUAACGAUGAUAAUUUCUUUAAAUUUUUAAUAGGUUCAAAUGACCCGUUUGACUACAUAUCUCAGCAUUUUAAUAAAUUUCUUUGCACAUAAAAAAAUAAGUAUAUGGUAGAAGUAGGUAUUAAUUGGUGGGGACUGAUCCAACACAGAGUGAUUGGUGAUGCAUAGUAGGAUCAGAUUGCGGAUAUCAAACGAAGCUUGGGAAAGGAAAUCAAAAAGUGGGCAAGGAACAGCUGAAUUCAAGAGGGCGUUA